GCUACUUUAGCUUAACGAUGCGCUCUUCAGCAGGUCCCUAAAGCCUGUAAAGAAAUGACCACUCCGGCGACGCUGCCAAUUCGGCUUUUCGCCAAGGACAUUCUGGCAGCCGUAGACACCAAUGAUGUGGUAGUCGUAAUUGGAGAGACCGGCUCGGGAAAGACCACGCAGCUCUCGCAGAUCCUAUACGAGGCUGGACACGCAAAGCAUGGAAUCAUCGCGGUCACGCAGCCGCGUCGAGUGGGUGCGGUCACGGUGGCCAAGCGCGUGGCUGAGGAGCGCGGCGUGCAGCUGGGGCGGGAGGUGGGGUAUGCGGUGCGGUUCGAGGACUGCACCAGCGCCUCCACACGCAUCAAGUACCUCACGGACGGCACACUGCUGCGGGAGUGCCUGGAGGACCCGCAACUCAGCCGCUACUCGGUGAUCAUCCUGGACGAGGCCCACGAGCGCUCGCUCAACACCGACAUCCUGUUCGGGCUGCUCAAGCGCCUGGUGCGGGAGCGCAACACCGCUGUGGAGCAGCAGCAGCGGGACGCGGGGGGUGGCGGUGGGGAGGCAAGGGGUGGGGAGGUAAGGGGUGGGGAGGCAAGGGGUGGGGCGGGGCUGGAGCGGCUGCGGCUGGUGGUGACGUCGGCCACACUGGAUGGCGAGAAGUUCAGCGCCUACUUUGGCAACUGCCCGGUGUUCAAUGUGCCUGGCCGCUGUUUCCCUGUGGACGUGAUCCACACGCGCGAGGACCACCUCAGCGACUACGCCGCGGCCGCCAUUGACACGGUCAUGCAGAUACACACCAGCCAGCCCGAGGGCGACAUCCUGGUGUUCCUGACGGGCCAGGCGGAGAUCGACAAGGCCAUCCGCUCCCUGAACGAGGCGGUGGCGGGGCUGCCAGCAGGCAGUGCCAUGCCGCUGGUGGCGCUGCCGCUGUACGCCAGCCUGCCGCCGGAGCUGCAGGUCCGAGUGUUCCGGCCCGCGCCCGAGGGCGUGCGGCGAUGCAUCGUGGCAACCAAUGUGGCGGAGACCUCCAUCACAGUUGAGGGUGUGGUGUAUGUGGUGGACAGCGGCGUUGUGAAGCAGAAGAGCUACCAGCCCGCCACCGGCAUGGACAGCCUGGACGUCACGCCCAUCAGCCGGGUGCAGGCCACACAGCGGGCCGGCAGGGCGGGACGCACACGGCCGGGCAAGUGCUUCCGGUUGUACACGCGCACCUACUACGACAAGAAGAUGCCCAACGUCACCGCGCCGGAGAUCCAGCGCACCAGUCUGGUGGGCGCGGUGCUGUACCUCAAGUCGCUGGCGCUGCCGGGGCUGGACGUGCUGAGGUUCGACUUCCUGGACCCGCCCGCGCAGGAGGCGCUGGAGGACGCGCUGCGCCAGCUGCUGGUGCUUGACGCCAUUGAUUCCCGCGGCGACGUGACGGAUCUGGGCCGGCGCAUGAGCGGCCUGCCGCUGGACCCGGCCCUGGCGCGGGCGCUGCUGGCGGCCCGGGAGCUGGACUGUGUGACCCAGAUGGUGAGUGUGGCUGCCAUGCUGUCCAGUGAGCACGUCUUCAGCGCGGGACAGGGACCCGGGGACGCCGCCAACCCCGCGCCCGGCGGCGGCUCCGUGGGAGGGCAGGAUGGCGGCGGCCGCAGGGGCGGCGGCGGCGACAGCAGCGGCGCCCGCGCCGCCCGCGAGCGGCUGCGUGCGCUCAUGUCCGCUGCGGGCGGGCACGGCGACCACGUGCUGCUGCUGCGGCUGUGGGAGGGCUGGGCGGCGGCGGGGUGCAGCCGCGACUGGGCGGCGGCGCACGGGCUGGACCUGAGAGGCAUGAACUUCGCGAGGGACAUACGUCGGCAGCUGGAGGCCAUCACGGGGCCGGACGGCAGCGGACUGGACAAGGUGGGCGGCGGCGGCGAGGCGGCCGGCGGCGGCGGUGGCGCUGGAGACCGCAAGCGCGGCCGCGGUGACCAGCACGACGACCGCAGCGAACGCAACGGAGCUGGCGCUGAGUCCGGAGCUGGGGGAGCAGGAGGCGACAGCCGGAAGGCCGCACGCGUGGGCGAUGGGCCGGGGGGUGCCGCCAGCAGCGGCCGCAGCGGAGGGAGAGGCGGGGAGGAGGUGUCCAUUGACGGCGCGAGCUGGGGUGGUGGUGGCGGCGGCGGUGGUAGGCCGUCCACGUCUGGAAGGGCCGGCGGCGGUGGCGGCGACGAGCGCGCCAGUGCGGCACAGGUGGACGCGCUGAGACACGCGCUCACCAUCGGCUUCGCAAACAAGCUGGCCCGGCGCCUGCCCCGCCACAACGGCUACAAGACGCUGCACGCGGUGUCGGGCCAGCUGGCGCAGCUGCACCCCGCCUGCUGCCCACUGCGCGAGGACGGCGAUGGCAUGCUGCCCGAGUUCAUUGUGUACCACGAGCUGGUGUCCACCAGCAGGCCCUUCUUGAGACAGGUGUGCGCCACCCGCGCGGAGUGGGUGGCGGAGAUUCUGCCCAAGAUCAUGUCUGCGGACGUGCGACAGCUCAGCCGCAGCAGUGCCGCCGCUGCCGCCGGCCGGAGGAGCGGCGGCGGCGCCGACGGCGGCGAUGAGGAGGAGGCGGCGCAGGGCGACGGGGCGGCGGCGGCGGCAGCGGCGCAGGGUCCGGAGGUGCGGCGGAAUAGUGAUAAGGCGGUGGAUGCGGCCAAGGCGAGGUAUCUGGCGAGGAAGGCGGCGGCGGGGGGCGGGGCGGCGGCAGCCAGCGGGGCCAAGCCGCCGGGCGCACGGCGGUAGGGCACGGCUAGCAGGAGCUCUUGGCGGCGAGGGGGAAGGGCAAUCACAGGUAGUGUCAAUGCCAAACCAGAGGGGUAAUCCAUAGCAUGCUGCGGACACCGGAUUUAUGGUUCUGGAGGGGCUGGUGGAUUACUGCUGAUGCGCUGCGAUAAUCUCGCUGCGAAGGGUAAGGGACCACGGAUAUGCUGCCCACGGGCGCCCCACUGCCCAACACUGGAGUGGCCCCUCUGAAUGGAAGCUGUUCUUGCUGCGCGCGCGGAGAACACGGUGGCGGCGGCAGACUUGCUUGUAAGACAAUCGGGCA